AAUUCACAGCUUUCAUUGAGCAUCGGUCCCUAUUCUCAAACCAUCGCCACCACCAGCCGAAGGACGUAUCCCAUCCUUUCCUCCAUUGAACACACUUCAACACGCAUUCGACCUUUGCGUUCUGCGCCGCUGGCCAACAUGGACGUGGCACAAGCAGUGGCUGGCUAUGUCUCUCGUAUGAUUCAGUCCGCUGAUUCUUCAUCUUCGACACAGUCGGCAAAAAUGAAGGUUCUGCUGCUGGACCGCGAGACAGUUCCUAUUGUGUCCACUGCUAUCACUCAGUCAGCACUGCUGAAUCACGAGGUCUAUCUCAUUGAUCGUAUUGAUAACGCCAACAGAGAGAAGAUGCGUCACUUGCGAUGUUUAUGUCUUGUACGACCAUCGCCAGACUCCAUUCAACUCCUGAUUGAUGAACUGCGAGAGCCGAAGUACGGAGAGUAUCAUCUGUAUUUCACCAACGUCGUCAAGAAGUCAUCACUAGAAAGACUUGCCGAGGCUGACGACCAUGAGGUUGUGAAGCUGGUUCAGGAGCAGUUUGCCGACUUCAUCGUCAUCAACCCCGAUCUGUUCUCACUUGGACUCAGCCUUCCCCAUCAGCGUCUGUGGGGCAGCAACCAAGACACGUGGAACCCAGACGCCCUGCAACGAAGUGCUGACGGACUCGUUGCUGUGCUUCUUGCACUGAAGAAGAAACCGCUGAUCAGAUACUCCAAGACCAGCCCACUUACCAAGAAAUUGGCUACAGAAGUGCGAUAUCGUAUUACACAAGAGGAGCAGCUUUUCGACUUCCGGAAGGUGGACACGCCUCCUCUCCUGCUCGUGCUCGACAGGCGCGAGGAUCCAGCAACACCACUUCUCACGCAAUGGACAUAUCAAGCCAUGGUGCACCAUCUUCUUGGUAUUACCAACGGCCGAGUCGACCUAAGCGAUGUGCCUGAUAUUCGCCCGGAGCUGAAGGAGAUUGUCUUGUCGCAAGACCAGGAUCCUUUCUUCAAGAAGAACAUGUAUCUCAACUUUGGUGACUUGGGCGGCAACAUCAAAGACUACGUGGAGCAAUACCAGUCCAAGACACAAAACAGCUCAAAUAUCGAGUCGAUAUCGGACAUGAAGCGCUUCAUCGAGGAAUACCCUGAGUUCCGCAAGCUAUCCGGAAAUGUUAGCAAGCACGUCACCUUGGUUUCAGAGUUGAGUAGACGUGUUGGAGCCGAGAACCUACUCGAAGUCAGUGAGCUGGAACAAAGUCUCGCUUGUAAUGACAACCAUGCGGCUGAUCUCAAGAACAUUCAAAAGCUUAUUCAGUCUCCAAAGGUGACAAGCGACAGCAAGGUUGGCCUAGUCGCCCUUUAUGCCCUACGAUAUGAGCGCAAUCCGUCCAACGCACUCCCCAUGCUCGUGGACCUCUUGGUGGCCGCUGGCGGGGUCUCAGUCCGGCGAGCAGACCUCAUCUCCAAGCUUGUGAAGUAUCAAUCUUCAUUGCAGCAAUCACAGGCUCAAGCAGGCAUUGCAGACAUUUUCGAGGGGGGUGGCAUAUUUGGAGGAGCUGGUGCCAGGUUUAAGGGACUAAAGGGUGUCGAGAACGUUUACACACAGCAUAGCCCCUUACUUGAAAGUACGCUUCAGAAUCUGAUUCGGGGACGACUUAAAGAACAGCAGUAUCCCUUUGUUGAGGGCGGAGGAACUACUCGAGACAAGCCGCAAGACGUUAUUGUCUUCAUAGUCGGUGGAGCAACAUACGAGGAGGCCAAGAUGGUGGCAACAAUCAACGCAUCUUCGCCAGGUGUGCGCUUGGUACUAGGAGGUACUACAGUCCACAACUCGGCUACAUUCCUGGAAGAGGUUGAGGAUGCUGUAUCUUCGUGGCCCGAGACGCAGAAAGCUGGCACAAGGCGAUAA